AUGGAUGGCUUCUCCGUUGCGUCACUCAGCACCCUCAGCUCAUCCGUCUCUCACCGCUCACUAGCGGCUGCUGCGGAGCUGACUGACCUGCUCCGCAAAUUACCCAGCGAUCGCCAUGCCGAGCAGCUAUCCUCUCUCUCCAAAGCCCUCCAGGCAUUCAGCACGACUGUGAACCAACUUGCGAUCUCCAUCAUUAGCGCCUCAGCCAUCUCACAGCGCCUUCAAGCCCAGCUGAGCCGGUCGCUCGGGACUUGCGAGAAUGGGUUGGUGUCGAUAGGGAAACAGGUGAUGCGGCUGCAACCAGAGACAAUAACUAGCCUGAAUGAGGCAUUUUUGGCCAUACAUGACGACAUGCUAUUGGCUUAUACUCAGUUGUUUGGCUACUUCGAGCAGGUUCUUGCAAUGGCUGAUAAGGAGGAUCAGGACGCCUCUCUCGAAGGCCAAGAAGGCCAUCGUAUCAUGAAGCAAGUAGACGAUAUGCUAAAGUUGGUGCCCAAGGUUGCCGGUGACAUCUUGAUCGAUGGAAGCAAUAGCGCGCCAACACACACAUCCGCUGAAGCAGGGCCACCGGAGAUUGAAGGAUCCUUGGACUCACCGCCCGCCUACGAGCCCCCAGCGACAGAGCCUUCAACUCUUUCACCCUCUGGUCCUUCCACCUCAUCACCUCCAGCCGCUCAGGGCAGUAGCUUCUGGGACUUGACUUCCAUUAAGCAGUCCUUCAGCGCACUUACAGCUGGCCUUCGGUCCAAGCCAGACCCCCUCGUCAGCGCCCUGUGUGAGGCCAGUCGCCGGGGGGAUGUUUCACAAAUGGCCGGCCUUCUCAAACACGGCGCUAACAUUGACGGCAAGAAUGAGGACAGGGAAACGCCCCUGCAUUGUGCUAUCAUGGCAAACCAGGUUCAAGCGGUUCGCCUGCUCCUGGCUUCGGGAGUAGACUUGAAGACCUGGUCUAAAAUGCCCGCCAUGUUUCUGGCAGCAUCCGUGGGGCAUAUCAGCAUCGCCAGAAUGUUGCUUCAGCGAGGCGGCCCAGGCGCCGAUGUCAAGGCGAAAAAUGUAUCUGGCCAGCAGUACUUUGUCGACGUCGUGGGUAGUGGAAACAUCGAUGGGGUGCGCUUUCUUUUGGAGCACGGUGCCGACGCAAGAGUAAAGAGCAUUUCCGGUCGGCCCGUCGUUGUGCAGGCGGCAAGGAAGGGGAGUCUAGGGAUGGUAAAAUUACUGUUUGAUUUUGGAGCCGAUGUUAAUUCGGCGGACGUCGCCGGCGCCUCCCUUGUAUCGUUGGCUCUCGAAAAGUCAGACAUGGACUUGAUGGAGUUGCUGUUAACGAGAGGCGCAAAGCCCAACUCCCGUCGCGGUGAUGGGGAGCGUGUACUCGCGACUGCGAUUUCGAAGGGGAAGAUUCCGUUUGCGAAGCGCCUGAUGCAAGCGGGUGCGGAUGGAAACGUUGAUGAUAUAACGGGACAGAAAGCCAUCAUCAGUGUGGUCAAGGGUAGUAAGAUUGAGAACAAAGAAAAGGUUGAGCUUGUGCGGAUGCUUCUACAGAACGGGGCGAAAGCGACGUCAAAGGACAUAUUCUGGCCCCACAUGCGGGCUCUCCCACUUGCUGUUGACAACGGGGUCGAUGGAGAGGUUAUCGCGAUGCUACUUCGACACGGGGCGGACAGCACUAACACACUACACAAUGGAGAGACCCCUCUGACCGAGGCUAUUAAUAAGGGGAGGGUAGAUCAGAUCGAGGCUUUAUUGGCGAACGGCGCUGACCCGAAUCUUGCGAACAAAAAUGACAAGACACCCCUCAUCCUGGCAUUAGUGAAACAGGAUCUGGGCCUGGUACGGCUGUUGAGGCAGCAUGGUGCGGAGUUGGACUCUCCCGGACAGUCUGCACGGGAGUUUGCGAUGACCCUCGGCCAGCCGGAUAUUUUACAAGUCUUAGGACUAGGACCAGCCCCAGGCUCAGAUCGGGACUGGUAG